AUCGUCGGAGGCCCUAAAUUCGUUAUGGUCCUAGAGUCGUGUCCCUUUUGUUUUUCUCUCGUAUCUCGCGAGAUUUCGUCCGCGACUGCGCACACCGUGAGAAACAGCUUACUACGAUUGAUUACGUCAUAUUUACAACUACAGACGACAAUGAGGUCAAAACAGAAAAGUCCCAAGCCUCACAAAAGAAACUAUAGGCUUUAUUCUCCAUCACAAAUGACAAAUGCAUAUAAAAUGGUUAAAGAAAAGAAAAUGUCAGUUAGGAAAGCUUCAAAAAUUUUUCGGGUGCCUGAUACAACUUUAAGGGACAGGGUUCUGCUAAAAGUUGACCCAGAAACUGCUGUUUUUGGUAAAACUCCAGUUCUAGACAACCUUGAAGAGGCAAAUCUAGUAAAUCAUUUUAAAACAAUGGCAGCUUUUGGUUAUGGGUUUACUAGACAGGAAUGCAUAAAUAUUGCAACAGAUUACGCAAUUUUUGUGGGUAAGAGAACUCCUGACAAGCCCUUUUCUAUGAAGUGGAUGAGAGGUUUUUUAAAGCGAUGGCCUGAAUUAAAAGUUUUGAAGCCACGAGGGUUAGAGCAUGUUAGAGCGAAAAUGGCUUCCAGUGAAACUGUGUCCAACUACUUUGAAAAUCUUCGUAACACUCUUUCCAAACAUGAUCUGUAUGGAAAGCCUCAUCUCAUCUUUAAUGUUGAUGAAAAGGGUAUUUCUGUUGACCACAAACCACCAGCCGUGGUCGGAGAUUCAGCUUACUGUCCGCAGUCAGUAACAUCGGGUUGUGGAAAGACUAACACCAUUCUUGGAGGAGGCAGUGCAAGCGGUGUCUCUGUACCACCUUUUGUUGUCUUCCCUGGCAAACGGAUGAUGCCAGAGCUAUUGAGUGGAGCAUCCCCAGGGGCUAGUGGCACGGUGUACACGAAGGUGCUGUCUCCCGAAAACGUCCAGUCAGGAUUUCGACGUACCAGGAUUUACCCCCUUUGUAAAGACGCAGUACCUUCGAGGUAUUUGGUACCAGCAGAAGUCUUCAAGGGCCUGGCUGCUGAAAGCCAAGAGAAUGAGAGAGGAUUGGGAGAUAAUGAAGAUCAGCAAAAUUAUGUGGUAAAGUUACAAGAGAAGGAGAACCAUCUGAAGGCAAAGAAGAGUGGAGGAGAAAUUAAAGAGAGGAAAACUAUGAGCAAGAUCGUGUCCGGCAGGGAAAUUUCAGAAAAUGUGCAUCAGCGAAUGAAAGACCAUGAAAAAAGUCAGAAGAAAAAAGAGAAAGACAUUGGGGGUAAAGAAGCACCAGAAGACAAGUUUUAG